CAAAUAAACAAGAUGAUUGACCUUCUUAUACAAUUGGUAGACAGGAGGCAGAAUCGUUGAAAAACUAGACUUUCCUCCAUCCAAGGUAUGAUAUCAUACCUAAUUUUAAAAAGACCCAGUCAGGAUAGAACGUCCUCUAAUGCCAACCUAACAUGCAUAUGCUUAGCUCUGAACCUCCUUCUGUUAGGGUUAGGGUUACUUACGAGUUAGGUCACUGCUGGAGCCAGCACCAGAGUCAAAAACAACUAUGUCCGGCCGCUUUCAUUAUCUAUGUACCGAUAAAAGACUUCUUUCUUGUGAUGAAGAUUUAGUUCAUGAAGGCAACUGCUCCAACAGCAACUAUUUCAUCAUGUUCCCUGACUGACUGACUGACAAAAUCAUUUAUAGAUACAAAUUUCUAAAUACAGAACACCAAAAGUCAAAAAUAUUAUCCAUGACAGUGGAAUCACGGUCACAGCAAACUACAAGUUAAAACUAAGCGCAAAUAGUACAGAUCAAUUCUAAUGAAAGUUCCUUGAAUGGCACUGUGCACUGACUGACUGACUGAUUAAUUAACUGCAGUUCGUUAGUUGCAACACAUAUCUGUCUACACAGACAGACACAUCGAAAACGUAAAUCUGUUUAAGCCACUAAAGUAGCACUGGAGAAAGAUGGAUUAACUAAAUGAAUUGUCUCUGACUGUUUGUAUCACAUUAUCUCUUCUUGUUAAAUCACAGGAUAAUGACUUUGAGAAAUCAAAGAUCAAACAAGAUCUCCAGAGUGAGUUUAUAAAAUGAAAUCAGAGUGAACUCAGUAUUUGGUGCAUUGACAAUUAAAUUUGUUCAUGUCAGGUAUCAAGAUGCCGUCUACAUAUCAAAAGAGAGGAAGACCAAAAGGACACGAACUAACAGUGAUAGGCCUGCCAUCAAAAAAGAAGAAGUCGCUGAAAACUCUCCAGCCAUUUACUAAGUUGCACACAUCAGUCAAGGAGAAGGUAAUGCUAGAAUGGUUCGUGGACGCAGAUUUGGCAGCAGAUGUGCUGAAAAAUUCACAACAACUGCUUAGUGAAAGAGAUGUCGAGGAUAGGCCAGAGAUGGUAACUGAUGCUGUUCUGGAUGAGAAUGUAGACAUUCAUUUAAUCAGGAAGUACUUUCAACACGAUGCUUGGCUGCUUGUGACCCAAUACUGUUCACAUGAUCUAGAUGAUGAGUCACAAGCAAUUUUGUGUAACCACUGCCUUCAGUGGUUUCACAUGAAGUGCGUGGGGCUGAAACAGAAGCCAAAGAAAAAGUACUGGUUUUGCAGACAUUGCCACCAUGCACGCGUAAUGUAGCUAGUGCUCUACCACGCUAGCUAGCUAUAGCCAUAUUUACGUAUAGAUAAUUA